CCAAACAAGCAUUUUUCAGUUUAUUUCUUCACCUUGCACUCGUCACGUAACAUCGCUCCCUAAAGAUUAAGAGAUUACUAUGGGCACAGGACACAUCCUCUGGCUCUUCGCACUCUUCUCCACCCUGAGAGGAACUCUGGCCACUUCCCACACUCACCUGCAGAUGACGGAGAACGCCAUCAUACAGUCCACAACGGCCGCCUGCCACUCUCAUGCUCUGCGCACGGGAAAGGCAUUUGUUCUCCCUCCUGGGCCAGUGUCAGCAGAGGCUCUGGUGAAGGCCUGCACAUCCUCGGCGUCCGCCAUCAGUUUUCGAAUGGCCAUCAAUGAGAUAAGCCUAACUAAAGGAAGCAUGGAUGACCGUCAGUCUGUGACAUUUGCACAGUGGCGUAAGCUCAUUACAGACGAUAUUGCUGCCGUAAAGUCGAGUAUUCAAAAAAAGAACUUUGAAGCUGCGAGAGAGAAAUUAGGAGAGGUUCUCCAUGCCCUACAGAAUGUUUACGGUCACGGUGAUCCGAUUGAACUGGAAAGCAAGUUGCCCUACUCCACACUUAUAAGACUUGCUGUACCAAUUAAAAAUGAUUUAACAAGCUGGGUAAGACCUACACCUACAAUCAGCAAAGAGGGUCAGGAGAUCGCCACAAAGGCCUCCGUUGAUCUCCUGCAGGACAUCAGAGCAGCAGCUGGGGAUGCCGACUUCCUACGGCUGAUGAGGAUGAGUCAGACCUCCAUCGCGAUGUGCUUUGUGAUUGACACCACAGGGAGUAUGUCAGAUGACAUUAGUUUUGUGAGACAGACUACAGCCACCAUCAUAGACAGCAAGAGAGGCACUCCUGACGAGCCCUCCGAUUACUAUCUGGUACCCUUCAAUGAUCCAGCUUUUGGACCUUUUUUUAAGACUACUGUUGCAGGAGAAUUUCAGACGCGCAUUAAUAGUCUUACAGCUAACGGGGGUGGAGAUGAGCCUGAAAUGUCACUGUCAGCGCUUCAGCUGGCCCUCACGAGUACACCACCCCAUUCAGAAAUCUUUCUGUUCACGGAUGCUUCAGCUAAAGACACUUCGCUGAAGAGUACAGAUCUGGUCCUGAUAGAGAAGACGAAGUCAACAGUCAACUUCAUGCUAACCAAUCCGCUGGGAGUGCGGCGUCGAAGGAACGCUGAUGAGCAGCUGCGAUCUGAUGAGGAGGAGCAGGAGCACAAGCAAUAUGAGCGUGAACGUCGGAGUCUGUCCAAUCCCAGUUACAGGGUUUACGAGGAGCUGGCCCACGCAUCUGGUGGACUGGCUAUAGAGGUUACCAAGACAAACCUGCCCAGGGCCACAUCCAUUAUCACUGACGCAUCAAGCUCUGCUAAGGUGACCGUUUUCCAAGCUGUGAGGGACCGAUCAGAACUAUUCCCCUUUCACAUGGACACAACAUUAAGUCACCUUGCUAUCUACAUCACAGGGGGCCAUAUAACAUUUACCAUCACCAGUGCCAUGGGUGUCUCUCAGACCAGCACUCAAACAACAGGUGCACUGGGUACCAUCAACAAGGUGGGGAAUGUAUACACAAUGCACAUCAACACAGAUGUCAAGAAAAAGGGAUUAUGGGUCAUUAAAGUUCAGGCAUCUCAAUCUUACACAGUCAAAGUCGUUGGACAAAGCCCGAUUGACUUCCUGUACAACUUUGUGGAAGUAAAUGAAGGCUCUGACUCAUUUGUGGUUCUUGACAGCCGACCCUCUGCCAGUGCGAAGGCCACUUUACUGGUGGCUAUCACCAUGCCCGACUCUGUGAAAGUAACAGAAGUGGCUAUGGUGCCAGAACACGGCAACAUUGUGCUUGCAAGUCUUAAAAAGACAGAGAUGGAAAGCUACUUAGCGACAGUGAGCAGAGUGCCCGAGGGCAGCUUCGCUGUUCAGCUGAAGGGGACGAUCCUCAAAGGAUCUUUUGAGAUGUUCCAGAGACAGUCGUGCACCCAGCUAAGGGCCUCGGGCGUGACAGUCACAGCUGAGACAACGGCUAACCUGAAGCCCGGCGUCCCGCUUAACAUCCCUUUCACGGUAGCCACUGCCCGUUUAGGAGGCAGAUUCAUUGUCCGAGCGAGGAACGACCGCAACUUCAGAUUGUCCUUCCCCUCCAAGUUGACUCUAAGUGCUGGCGGCCAUACUGAGAGCACACUGACCAUUGUAGCUCCUGCAGGCACCCCCUCGGGCACAGACGUCACACUGACCAUUGAGGUCCAGGGUCCCGGAGGCGACAUUAAUUAUGCUGUGCUCCGCCUUACUGUAUUAGCUGAGGUAACCGACAACUCCCCGCCCGACUGCCAGGUGACCAGUGUGGACGUUGAAUGCUUUGGCGACUGCAAUCUGUCAACUUGGAAACUGUUCGCCGAGCUGACGGACGGUAAAGGCUCAGGCAUUAAGACCAUCACAGUCCAGCAGGGCACUGGCACCCUCGCCACAACCGUGAAGCGCCAGGGCGGAGUGGAUGUGACCCAGGCCACCUACAGCGCCUCCUGCUGCUCUGAGAAGGUGGAGCUGGCGGCGGUGGAUGCCGUGGGGAACGUGGGUACCUGCUCUUGGGCCAUUAGGAAAGAAAGCCUUUGGCAUCCUUACUGUUCCUGAAGAUAGUGCUUCUCAUAUAGGUAUUCAACAGCGCUGUGAAUUUUAAAUACCUUUGAAUAAAUUGUUUGCAUCAACAAACCAGAAA